AUGGCUGUCAUCGUUGAAGGAAUACGCUGUCUCUACAGUGCAGCACAGACACCGUCGUUCUGGGCACUAGCUGCUCUUGCGCUGGUUGCUGCUACUCUGGUCUACAAGUACCUUAUCUCUGUUGAAACGGGCCCAAUAUAUCAAAAGAAGUAUAAGCCACUGCCGGUGGCCAAGGCGAACAACAAGAACAGAAAAUUCGGCCACUGGACACCCGAGCAGUUCACGUAUCCUCCCGUGAAACCGUACCCGGACUGGUCGAUCGAGAAGACCAAGCCGAUCGCGUACCGGGCGUUCAAACACACCUAUUUCGUCACCAUGGGCAUCCGCAACAUGGAGUGGGACAGCUGGAUUGAGCUGGACAACGAGUGGCGCAAGUACCAUGCCCGCAAGCUCCAGAGACUCGAAGAAAAAAAUAGCGAUCUGUACGGCACGUCGCCAGACGCCUGGGACGGCGUGCUUGAGCUGUUGGAGGAGUUCCGCAACUACCUGCCCCAGCGCUAUCCAAGCUUAUUCCGGGCAACGCCCAAGGGGAUUGAGAACCUUGAAACGGGCGAGUCGUUCGAGUUCAUAGGCGUUCCUAGAUCGGAGUUCAAGAUGGACCCGGUUCUGAUGGCCUCGCUGCUGGUCCAGGACGAUCUUGCGGUGAUGGUUGAAAACGAAAAGGGCGAGUACGUUCUUCGCGCAGGCGCAAUCAUGCUGGCCGGAUUCUGGAGACUCAAAGAUAAACUGGGCAUGCCGUUGAGCAUGAUCCAUACCAGCGGAGACGUGCCUAAAUAUAACGAGAAGCUCAAGGCAGGCAUGGAAAAAUUCUUCAUCAGACAGACGUGCGACAAGCCGGUCGUGCGAAACAACUACUUCCUCCAGGCAGACGACGAUCUGGCAUGGUCGUACUCGAUCGGAGACGAGUCCAAAGAGGUGGUCGGCUGGUACACAGCGAGCCCUGCUACCGACAUUAACAAGAUUUAUUUCAGGUCAGAAAGACAGUCGGUCAGAAGACUGCCCAAGACGGGAGUCACGAUCUUCACGAUCAGAACGUACUUUUUGCCAAUCGUCAAGCUGUGCGAGGAACCGUUCGUCCCCUUGCGCCUGCUGAACGGAAUAAAAAGCUGGGAUAAAGACGUGCAGGAAUACAGAGGCUAUACGAUCUUUAAAGACGUUCUCAUGCCAUACUUGGAGGAGAAGGCCAAAGAACAAGCCGAAAUGGGCUACACCCCUGAUAAAGAGCCCAACAGCUAUCCGUACUGA